CCGGGCAGCUUCGGGCUACCUGGUGCCCAGGCUGGCUGAACACCGGUCACAAGCCCUAAGGGACCCCGAAGAUCCGGCCAGAGACACCGACUGGGACGCGUAGUUGUCUACCGCUGGGCGAGCCGAGAUUUGUAGUUUUCAAGUGUAGCCAACUAUUCUUUUUCUUCCCCUUCCCUUCCUUGUGACUCUUCCUAGGGGAACCGGCGGGACCUUUCCGAGGCAAAACGGCGAAGUGGGUGACUCUAGGCAUUCACUCGUUUCUCAUGCCGACCCUGUUAAGCACUCUCCCACCAGAACAUCUUCAGUUAAAAAUCGGAGCAGAGGAUCUGGUCUCCCAGUUCUGUCAUUUACGUGGGCAGCUGACAGCCCAAGUCGGAAAGCUGUUGGAAGCUGUUGGCCCCGACGCGCUUCCGGGGCCUGUGGGGAGGGGCAAUGGACUGAGUCCCGCCCCCUUCAGGGGCGGAGCCACGGAUAGGGACUGGCCUGAGCUGCCGCAGGACACCAUGAAGCAGCUGCCAGUCUUGGAGCCUGGAGACAAACCCAGGAAAGCAACAUGGUACACCUUGACUCCCCCUGGAGACAGCCCCUGUGCUCGAGUUGGCCACAGUUGCUCAUAUUUACCCCCAGUUGGUGAUGCCAAGAGAGGGAAGGUUGUCAUUGUUGGAGGAGCAAAUCCAAACAGAAGCUUCUCUGAUGUGUACACCAUGAAUCUGGGGACACACCAGUGGGACUUAGCUACCUAUGGGGGCCUCUUGCCGCGGUACGAACAUGCCAGCUUCAUUCCUUCCUGCACACCUGGCAGCAUCUGGGUAUUUGGAGGGGCUGACCAGUCAGGAAAUCGAAAUUGUCUCCAAGUCCUAAAUCUUGAAACCAGGAUUUGGAGGACGCCAGAAGUGACCGGCCCCCCACCGUCUCCAAGAACAUUCCACACAUCAUCAGCAGCUAUUGGAAACCAGCUCUAUGUCUUUGGGGGUGGAGAGAGAGGUGCCCAGCCUGUGCAGGAUAUGAAGCUGCAUGUGUUUGACGCAAAUACUCUGACCUGGUCACAGCCAGAGACAUUUGGAAGUCCUCCAUCUCCCCGGCAUGGUCAUAUGAUGGUGGCAGCAGGGACAAAGCUUUUCAUCCAUGGAGGCUUGGCAGGGGACAAAUUCUUUGAUGAUUUCCAUUGCAUCGAUACAAGUGACAUGAAGUGGCAGAAGCUCAGUCCCACAGGGGUGGCCCCAGCAGGCUGUGCUGCCCACUCAGCUGUGACUUUGGGAAAACAUAUAUAUGUCUUUGGAGGAAUGACUCCCACCGGAGCACUGGACAAAAUGUACCAGUAUCACAUAGAAAAACAGCUAUGGUCUCUGCUUAAAUUUGAUACUUUGCUGCCCCCUGGACGUUUGGACCAUUCCAUGUGUAUUAUUCCAUGGCCAGUGACAUCUAUUUCUGAGAAAGAAGACUCAAAUUCUGUUACCCUAAACUAUGAAACUGAGAAAGGGGAUUCCACCGACAGAGUGGCACCAUGUGGCAGCACACCUGAGGAAAGCCAGAGUGACAUACUUCUAUGUUUUGUGUUUGGUGGGAUGAAUACAGAAGGGGAAAUCUAUAAUGAUUGUAUUGUGACUGUAAUUGACUAAAAAAAAAAAAAGAAAAUAUUGUUACUUUCAUUAAAGUUAAGAGAAACUGUAA